AUAUAGACGAAAUAAUUUUCAAAAACGAUAAAUAUAACUUUAGUGCGCAUGUCUCUUGUGUGCCCAGUUAUAUUUCGAGGUGUUAAAUGUAAAAUGGCCGUGAAAUUUUAGUGUAUGUUGUACGUGACAAGUUCGUUAGAAAGGUUUUUUCUUUGAAUUAUUAUCCUAUUAAGUGCAGUUUAAUAGUUUAAUACAUUUACUACUUUUUGGAAACUAUUUAGAAGAAAUCUGAGUAUUUAAGCAUUAAAGCGAAAUAUCGUAUAUAUGGUUAUUAAUUUUAUGUCAGACAAUUAAAUUUUAUCAUGGGGAAACGUUGCCCUGAGCCACCAGUUCACGAACUUAUAAAAAGACGUCGUUUAGCAACUGAAGAAGUUCCAACAGAAGUAAAAUUUGACUCAGUUCUUACUGAUUUAUCUGGAAAGAAAUGGAGACUAGGGAGCUGCAUAGGGACAGGAGCUUUUGGCGAAAUAUACCUUGCAUCUGAUCAAAUUGACAAGGAGGUCGCACCUGAUUCACAAUAUGUUGUAAAAGUUGAAAGUUAUACAAGUGGUCCAUUGUUUGUGGAAAUUAAUUGCUAUCUUCGAAUUGCAAAGCCAGAAAUGAUUAUUGAAUGGAAGAAAGAAAAUAACAUUCAACACUUAGGGAUGCCGUAUUAUGUAGCCUCAGGUUCACACGUUGUUUGCGGGGCUAAAUAUCGUUUUUUAGUAAUUCCUCGUUAUGAAAAGAAUCUGGAACAACUACUAACUCAAAAUUAUAAGUUCAACCUCAAAACAGUACUUGUUUUGUCAAUUCAAAUACUCAACACUUUGAGAUAUAUUCAUUCAAAAGGAUACAUUCACUCAGAUAUAAAAGCAUCAAAUAUUCUCCUGGAUAGUAACAAAUCUAAAAGAAAGACCUCCCCAGUCUUGAACAAGACUGUGGUUCGUUAUCAUGGUUGCACCCCUUUUAGAACUUGUAAGGCUAGAAGAGAGACUUUCAGACGCAACUUACGCCCCAAUAGCAACUUAAGAUACAUAGAUGAUUUUGGGGAUAAAUCUUCUAAAGUUGUUAGCCAUAAGGAGGAGAGUAACAAUCAGGCUUAUCUGUUAGAUUAUGGUUUAGCAUCGAAAUAUUUGCAUUCAAAUGGGGAACAUAAGCAAUUUUGUGUGGAUCAAAGAAGGGCACAUGCAGGCACAAUAUUGUUUUGUUCCCGAGACGCUCACGAUGGGAUGCAAGCCCGAAGGUCAGACCUGGAAUGCUUGGGGUAUAAUAUGGUGUAUUGGUUAACAGGAUAUUUACCCUGGAUGGAUGACUCUAAUGAUCCUAAAAUAGCUGAGAAGAAGAAGCGUAAUUGUAUGGAGAAUGUAGAGGAAUUUUUAAAUUUGUGUUUUGUAAACGAUUAUCCGCGAUUUUUGUGUAAAUAUUUUAAAUAUUUAACGGGACUUGGAUUCGAAGAUAAGCCUGACUACGGAUAUUGCGCGGAUUUGUUUCACGGCGCGAUAAAAGAGUACGGUUACAAGGACAACAUGUGUUUCGAUUUUGACAACCUUGAAGGCUGGGGACGCAAGCAGAAAAUAACAAACAACCGGAACAACACGCUGGAAAAGAAAAACAAGAUCAUCAGGAGACAAAAGAUUAUGUUCAAGGUGGUGCGCAGUCCUCUGCGUUCCAACUUGCCCAUCUUACGUAAACGGUUGAAGGUCAAGACGAAGACACCCAGAAAAAUCAGAUGGCCGAAGAUGCUCCUCGAUCCAGAAACUAUAAUGAAACAGGGAAAGUGUCGCGAGAGGCGGACUACGGAAACAACAGACUCAGGUUCUGUGGCUGGAAUUCAUAAUCUGAACAUAGAAGAACUCAAUCCCACCCCGACGAUGGUGGAAGUAUACAAUAAAUCGAUUGAGAGGAUCAAUUCAGCAAAUGGCUCUUCCCCAACUUAUAAAGGAGAUGUUAAUUAUGACAACAUCGAGGGUUAUACUCCUGCAAUGAUGGCUGUGUUUAAUCGUAAGAAAGAACGUGAAGAGAUGGAGGCAGAGCAAUUGAUGUUACUUAACUCGAAGACGAGCAGCAGAGCCGCAUCGAGACAAAGAAGAAGACCCAUUUCUGCUUCUUCCAAUACAAAAACUAAACGUCAAGAUGUUCCUGUGCGUAACGUGAAAUCUCAAAACGCGGUUAGAACAGUUGGUAAAAAGGAGAAUCCUAAAAAGGCAAAAACUACUAUAAGGAGGAUUUAUAGCUUAAGGGGCUAAAUUCGUCAAAUCAUCAUCGAACUGUUAUUAGAUAAUUACGAAGGUUUAUAUAAUCGAAUUAAAGCGCAUAAGCGUACAGUCCAAAAGUAACAGUUUCCAUUUUGAGGUAUUUCUAUGCAUUUACAACUCUAGAGUAAAAAAAAAAUACCUAUCAAGAUGUUUUCGAAAUGUGUAAUUCUUUAAUUAGUAUAUUUAGAUGCUACUAAUUGUAAACUAUCGGCCGCAUCACUCAGCUUAUAAACAAUACAAAUCAUGUAAUUUAAGAGCAGCCUGUUAUUAUUUUUUAUUUUUAAUAUAUAUAAUUUUUUUUAAGUACCUGACAAAAGGACCCCAAUAGCGAAAAUAGUAAAUUAUUGGCAGCUAAAAAGAAUUAAUAUUUUUUUAUUGUUAUUCACUUCGUUAGUAGCUAGCACGAUAUAUUAAUUCAAGUGUCCUACUUAUUAAUUUAAAUCCGUUUUGUUCGUUUAAUUAAAUUGUUUGUUCAUAUGAAUGUAUUUUUUAAGGGGCAUUGCCUUUUACUCUGCGUUUCUGUUAUCUAAACUGUGAAAUUAACGUUUUUAUAAUUUGAAUAAAAAAUAUAUAAUAGAUGUUGUUAGUGUUGGUAACAAUAUCUAUUAUAUUUCAAUGUUAUAUGAUUAAUUCUUGUAGUAAUGCAUAAAUAGGAGACUAUUCAAUCAGGUGUUUUCUGUUUAACGAUCUUAAUUUUUAUAGAAAAGUAUUACUUUAUUUUGAUCGAACAAAUGUGUCGGGUGAUUAAUUCUUGUGGUAUAAAAUAAAAUUUGUUAAUACAAUAAUCUCAAUAAUGUCUUUCAAGGAAUGAAUCACUUUGUACAGAUUCAUUUAAAUGUGUGACAUGCAUACUGAAUUAUGUUUAUAAAUGCUUUUGUAUAUGUUGUGAUACUGUGAUUUCUUAUAGAAUAAAUAAAGCAGUUUUUUAUA